UUACAUCCCACCGACCCCCACGAUCGACGUCUAACCGCGCCAUUGUUGGCGAGAAAAGUGUCGAGAGUGCUCCAUUCAGUCCGUCUCCGAGCGCGAACAUCACGUUUUCCCGCAAACGCACUUCUUCGCAGACCGAACCCCGUGAACCGGCACUCUCCAGGCCCCAGUGCAUCCGAGUCGGCAGCUCCCAGUGAGUGCGCGAUCCAGUGAUACCCAAUCAUGCUGUCACGUAAACAGCAGACGGCGGCUCCAGUGAAGAAUCUCCCAGUGAAGCGAGUCGAGUGAUAAAAAUAUCGCUGGAAAUAGUGGCGCGCUUUAUGUGUUUCGAAUCCGACAAUCACCGGCAAACUGUUUAAGACGGCUUCAGAAAUGGUCAAGAGAUCGGAUGGCACCGAAUCUCCCAUACUAGAAGAACAAGAGAGUGCCAACUCAGAGAAACCCAAACAGCUCGUCAAAUAUGGAGAACUAGUCAUUUUAGGAUACAAUGGUUUUCUACCUCAAGGCGAUCGGGGCAGGAGACGUAGUAAAUUCGUCCUGUACAAAAGACCCACCGCGAACGGGGUCAAAAGGUCGAGGCAUUACGUCGUCCAGACGCCCCAUUCCUCGCAAGCCAUCUUGGAUGCCAACCAGCACUCAAUAUCGUACACACUGUCCAGAAAUCACGCCGUUAUAGUAGAGUACACGGCGGAUGAGGACACUGACAUGUUCCAGAUCGGCCGCUCCUCCGAAGCCCCCAUCGACUUCGUGGUAAUGGACACGGUCCCGGGCGACAAGACCGGCGAAACGCGCGUGAUGCAGAGUACAAUUUCGAGAUUUGCGUGUCGGAUCCUGUGCGACCGGAAGAAUCCCAAAAUCGCGAGGAUAUACGCUGCAGGCUUCGACACGUCCAAAAACAUAUUCCUCGGGGAGAAGGCAACGAAGUGGCAGGAGAACGGCCGCGAAAUCGACGGAUUGACCACCAACGGCGUCUUAAUCAUGCAUCCGAGAGGGACCUUCUGCGGAGGCGACGCCAAGUGCAGUUACUGGCUGGAGACUUCCGUCGGAGGAGGGGUGUUCUCGCUGAGAGAGUCACGAUCGGCGCAACAAAAAGGCCAAGUCGUCGAGAACGAAAGCAACGUGUUGGAGGACGGCACUCUGAUCGACCUGUGCGGAGCUACGUUGCUGUGGCGGUCGGCGGAAGGGUUGGCCAAGUCGCCGAGCAAGCGUGACUUGGAGCGCGAGAUCGACGAGAUCAACGCAGGCAGACCCCAGUGCCCGGUGGGUCUCAACACUUUAGUCAUUCCGCGAAGAGUCACUCCGAACGAUAAUUUGCAGCAGCCUUACGUCUACCUGAACUGCGGGCACGUGCAGGGGUUGCACGACUGGGGGCAGGAGGAGGAAGGCGCGAGACGGUGUCCUAUAUGUCUCGAACUUGGACCCGUGGUAAAAGUGUUUAUGGGCUUGGAGCCGGCGUUUUACGUGGAUUCGGGCCCUCCGACCUUCGCUUUCAAUCCCUGCGGACACAUGGCGACCGAGAAGACGGUCAAGUACUGGGCAAACGUGGCGAUUCCGCACGGCACGAACGGCUUCCACGCGGUCUGUCCGUUCUGCGCUUCGCCGCUCUCGGGCUCGCCCGGGUACGUUCGCCUAAUUUUCCAAGACAACGUGGAUUGAACGAAUGGUUGGUGGUUCAGUAGCGUAGUUUACCAAAGCUUUAUUUAUAUUGCUACGUUAUCUAUAUAUUUUGUAUGUGUAAUCGGUUUUAGCAGUCCUAAUUAUAUUUUUGAAUUCUGGAUUGGAGAGAAAUACAAAAGUUCAGAAGUUAUUUUUCGAUGAAUGAAGUAACUAAUUGUAAUUAUUGUAAAUAAUUGCACUUGAGGUGGUACAUACGUGUGGUGGUUUUUAAAUAGACUAUAUCGAAUCGGGAGUCGCAGUUUGUACCAUAUCAUCAUUUUUUUUAAGAUGGUUGAAGCAGUUACGUUAAGUGCAAAUGCGUGAAUUGUUAAGACUGGUUAGGAUUUAGCUUAAAAUGAUAAGUAUUUACUAUAAAUCGACCUGUUAUUGCAAUGUUUCUUAUUACGAAAACACCCAUCAGUUUACCAGAACCACACUUGUUACUAAUUAAGAAAAUAUUUUUGUAUACUUAACAGUUUCGCGAGGGCAAUUGUACUCUAUCAAUUGCAGAAUUUGUGUGCUCAACGAAGGCUCAUUCACACAGUAUUAGGUGUGGUUUACGUAAUUUGUAAAUACUUGCGGAACGACUUCCAUGCAACAAUGCAAUUCAGUAACUAUCGUGAUUGAUGAAGUACAAAUUGCCUCCACACUAGUUAAAUUAUGUUGUGUUUAUUUUUAUUCGUGAUAUUUUGGAGGAGUAUUUCUGUUUCGUCACUUUUUUUGUAUAUAUUGUAGGCGUUAAGUUAAUUGCCGUAGGUAACAUUUAAGCUACUAUAGUCCCACGAAAUGAAUUUAUCUGUGCCUGGAUUCACUAAUAAAAAGUUUAAAAAUUAA